CAGGACCCUACCGCGCCGGAAUCGCACUGCUUGUGCCUUUUCCUCCUCCACAAUCCGUCACGCUCUGCGCGCCGCCGUCGACCUAUCGAAUGGAGGCGGAGCAGCAAAAGCAGCCCCAGCGCCCGCGCCGCAAGGGGCAGAAGCGGAAGUUGGAGGACGAGGCAUCCGCCGCCGCCGCCGCCGCCGCCGCCGCCGCGGUAGCCGCCGCCGCGUCCUCGCUCGGCAGCGCGGGCGCCGACGAUGACAACGAGGAGGAGGACGGCUCGGCGGGCACCCCCGAGAUCUGCUGCCGCCACUCCCACGCGGCGCUGGCCCGCGAGGUCCGCGUGCAGGUUGAUGUCCUCGUCCGCUGCGCCUCUUCGUGGCGCCACGCCGACCGCGCCGCCGCCAAGCGCGCCACCCACGUCCUCGCUGAGCUCGCCAAAAACGAGGAGGUUGUCAACGUGAUUGUAGAGGGCGGCGCCGUGGCGGCCUUGGUGUGCCACCUAGAAGAGCCUGCUGUGGCGGCGCCAACGCAGGAGGAACAACAACUGCGGCCGUUUGAGCACGAGGUUGAGAAGGGCGCUGCCUUCGCUCUGGGCCUCCUAGCUGUAAAGCCUGAACAUCAACAACUUAUAGUUGAUGCUGGUGCACUACCUCCUCUAGUGAAACUCUUGAAAAGGCAGAAAAAUACUACAAAUUCGAGGGUGGUUAAUAGCGUUAUCAAGAGAGCAGCUGAUGCAAUUACAAAUCUUGCACAUGAGAAUAGCAACAUCAAAACUAGCGUCAGAAUGGAAGGUGGAAUCCCGCCACUUGUUGAAUUGUUAGAAUCGCAGGAUCUUAAGGUGCAGAGGGCAGCUGCAGGUGCCUUGCGGACUUUAGCCUUUAAAAAUGAUGAAAAUAAAACUCAGAUUGUUCAAUGCAAUGCUUUGCCAACUUUGAUCUUAAUGCUGCGAUCUGAAGAUGCUGCAAUUCACUAUGAAGCAGUUGGUGUCAUUGGAAAUUUGGUUCAUUCAUCACCAAACAUCAAGAAGGAGGUUCUUAAUGCAGGGGCACUACAACCUGUGAUUGGAUUAUUAAGCUCAUGUUGUACAGAAAGCCAAAGAGAGGCUGCUUUGUUGCUAGGGCAAUUUGCUUCGGCCGACUCAGAUUGCAAGGUCCAUAUUGUGCAAAGAGGUGCAGUCCGUCCACUAAUUGAAAUGCUACAGUCAGCUGAUGUCCAACUCCGGGAGAUGUCUGCUUUUGCACUUGGCAGGCUUGCCCAGGACACACAUAACCAAGCAGGUAUUGCAUAUAAUGGUGGUUUGGCGCCUUUGUUAAAACUUCUUGACUCAAAAAAUGGAUCGCUGCAACAUAAUGCUGCAUUUGCCCUUUAUGGAGUUGCAGAUAAUGAGGACUAUGUAUCUGACUUCAUUAAAGUUGGAGGUGUCCAAAAGUUGCAAGAUGGAGAAUUUAUUGUCCAGGCAACAAAGGACUGUGUGGCAAAAACAUUGAAGAGGUUAGAGGAGAAGAUAAAUGGACGAGUGUUGAAACACUUGCUUUAUUUGAUGCGAGUAGGAGAGAAAUCUGUGCAAAGGCGUGUUGCUCUGGCUCUUGCACACCUUUGUGCCCCUGAAGAUCAAAGAACAAUUUUUAUUGAUAAUAAUGGUCUCGACUUGCUUCUUGAUCUUCUGAUUUCCAUGAGCUCAAAACAUCAACAAGAUGGCUCAGCAGCAUUAUACAAAUUGGCCAACAAAGCAGCAGCACUUUCUCCCAUGGAUGCUGCUCCUCCAUCCCCAACACCUCAGGUUUAUCUUGGUGAGCAAUACGUGAAUAGUUCAACACUUUCAGACGUUACUUUCUUGGUAGAAGGAAAGCGCUUUUAUGCACACAGAAUUGCUUUGCUUGCUUCUUCAGAUGCAUUUCGUGCAAUGUUUGAUGGCGGGUACAGGGAAAAGGAUGCAAGAGACAUUGAAAUUCCAAAUAUCAAAUGGGAGGUCUUUGAACUCAUGAUGAGAUUUAUCUAUACAGGGUCAGUGCAGGUUACCAGUGAAAUUGCACAGGAUCUUCUUAGAGCUGCGGAUCAGUAUCUCUUAGAAGGCCUCAAACGCCUAUGUGAAUAUACUAUUGCGAAGGAUGUGAAUCUUGAUAACGUAUCUGACAUGUAUGACUUGUCCGAAGCCUUUCAUGCCGUGUCACUGAGACAUACAUGCAUCUUGUACAUUCUGGAACAUUUUAACAAGAUCUGCACCAGAGCCGGUUCUCCACAGCUGAUCCAGCGUGUCAUUCCAGAGCUCCGCAAUUUCCUAACCAAGGCACUGAGUUCAUCAAGAAGUCCAAGCCCAAGCGACAGGAACUCGCAGAUUUGAUUUAAGUCCCAAUUCAUUGACACCGACGCCGUCAUCUGACCAAAGUUUGCUGGAGAUCCUGUACAGUAACGUUUCUGGCUCUGAGCGUUCGAUGGUAUCUAUUGUGUGUACAUGGUGGCCGGGUCCUUCAAAUUAACAUCAGCAGUGUAACAAACUUUUCUAAGAUUUAGUAGAGGAUAUGGGUAAAGAGAACCUGUGUCUUAGUCAUGCAUCGAGCCAUCGACCAGCUUACACUGGGAUAGGCUGUAGUUGGAUGUUCCUAAUUCGUCGGUCCCAGCUUUGUUUCUGAGUUUAGUGUUUCUUUCCAGUUCACAGUUCAGUGUAUGCCCCCAUCUGUUUAAUGUAUGAAGCUUGAGCAAGUUAGAAAUUGA